AUGGCAUGCAGGGACGUCCGGGACAUGCGGGGCCUAAGACACGUGCGUCUAGGAGGGCAGCGGCGGCGAGGUUUCCAGCCAGAUCUCGCCGGAUCCGACGAGGAUGGCACGCGGGAAGGAGGUGGGGACGUCGACGAGCGGCGAGGGCUCGCCUCAGCGAGGUCCGGCGGGGUUGGAGGCGAGCUCCACAACGACGAGUUCUCCGCUGGCGGCGGCGCGAAGAUAGCGGAGUGGGCGUCAAUGGCUAGGAUGGAGGAGGUCGGCAGUGCGGACACAGAGCAAGGGCGACGACAUGGAUGCGAGAAAGGAAGAGCGGACAUGAGGGAGAGGGCUGUCAAUUUGGUUGAUUUGGUCAAUUUUAACGGAUUUGAGGCAAUGGAAGCCGGGGGAGCGACCGCCGGCGUCGGCGCCGAGAAGAAUUCGUGGCCGGAGGUGGUGGGCCUGUCGUCGGAGGAGGCCAAGAAGAAGAUCAUAGAGCACAAGCCGGACGCCAGCGUCCACGUCGUUCCGGCCGACUCCUUCGUCACCAUGGAUUACAACACCGGCCGAGUCAGGGUGUUCGUCGACUCCAACGACAAGGUCACGAAAGCUCCCAGGAUUGGCUAGCUUAGCCGGGCUCAUCCUUGCGUUUGUGCCAAUAAACGAGGACGUAAUUCUGUCUAGCUGUACUCUGCAAGCGUGUGUACUGAUAUGUGUUGUUGUCGAUAGCAUAGCUGUGUGGUGUGUUACUGUCUUUUACUUCUUUUUAUAUAAAAUAUAAAACAUGGUGUGUUAGUGUCUGGUUGGUUGCUGGAACAAGUCAGACCCCUUCUCAUGUUAUCUUAUA